UCAGAACUUGGAAUCACGAAGCAACUCAAUGGGGGCAGAGCUUGUCCGCCGCGGCCCUUGCCCGUCGCGCCCCUGCCGGCUUGAUCCCGCAGCGCCUUUCUCCCCCCAUCUAUAUAGAUUGACAGCUUUGAGCCAUGUCCUCACUGAUCACGGCCGGGAUGUCUGAGAUGCGUGCCAUCUUCGGCAUGUCCUCCAGUAGCAGGGCAGGUCCUUCGCCAGCGCACGCGAGCGGCAGCACGAGCGGCAGCGGCAGCGCCGCUCGCGGCAGCGGCAGCGGCGGCAGCUCGGUGUGGAUUUCAAUCGAUCCGCGAUCUGGUGAGCUAAGUCGAUACCCAGAAGCAGCUGCCCGCAGGCUCGAGCAGGCGCACCGGAAUCAUGAGCGACAGGUGCGGCUCGGUGGUCUUGGCCUUGGCCCGAUCUACGAGACCUUGAUCGUGGACCUGGGGGGAAGUGGCGAGCGCCCUGUGCAGAAACGAGUGGGUGGUGGCAAGCGAGAUGUGCGAAGGGUUGAAACCCCUGCUGGAGCGUCAGAGGUUCGGGUCCAUGUUGUGCGAGAUCGUGGCUGGCGGAUUAGUGAUGAUCACGUGGCAGGUGUUACAGAGGAGCGGCUCUUCUCGCUGGAGGAUGCUCCCCUACCACCACCACCACCUCCGCCUCCGCCCGCGGAAUUUCUAAGUACAUUUCACGCACCCACUGCAGAGGAUCUGGAGGAGAGAGCUGCCAGCAUUGCCCAACAAGAUAUCCAAGGCUUGGUGGGGCUGUGGGAAUGGUGUCGCGAUGCGGAAACGCACAAUCCCGGUCGUCUGGCAGCAGAUCGAUGGGCUGUGUACAGUGCGGACGUAAACAACGAGAUCGAGCUAGCCUUUCGGAACGGUGCCAAGCACGCGGAGAUUGCGGUGGGAAUUCGCAGCUAUGAGGUCUUGUUUGAAGGAGCCUCCAUGGCGGGCAAGCAGGUGGAUAAGCGACGCAAGAAGCGGCGCUUUGUUCGGCGAAGAGCUGUUCAAAUGGAAGAGAGAGAGGCUGCGUUGCAAAGCGUGGAGUCCGCAGUCGCAGCAGCAUGUGCUGAGGAUCCAUCCUUAGCAGACGCUGAAUGUGUGAUUUGUGCUGAAUCCUUUGCCGACACGUAUGCAAUGCCGGUGGUCCGGCUGCGUGAAUGUGGGCACAUCUUUCACGGUGCUUGUGUUCAAGACCUCGCCGACCGACGGAAGACCUGUCCGUAUUGCCGAGCACAGGUCAAUUGGAAAUACGUGGAGGAAGUGCAGAUGUUCUCUGCCUCGUCCAACAUGGACGCUUCGUUGCCUGACGACCUUCCGCCUCCUCCUCCUCCACCUGUCUGAAACCCAUGGCAGGAAGUUGAUGCCAGUGUGGCAUCAGCGAACAAAAAGGAGGUUGCUUUGAGAUGCUUUGAGAUGAUGUUGCAACGAUACCAUGUGAAGCUACAUCUUAGCUGUUUGUAGGCAUUGCCAUCAUUUAUUGGUCUUGGC